AUGGAUCCAUAUUAUCAGUACUAUCAACCUCAGACUUGGUUCUAUCAGCCUGAACAUCAGUACUACCCACCUGUGGAUCAAUCAAAUUUUAGGUCUGAGGUUGCACAUAGUCAGUUUACUGACUCAUAUCCAGCACAUCAAGGCCCACAGGGAGUUCAAAUUGAUUAUAUAGCUAUGCGGAAAAAGAUUCGUGGCAUUCAACAAUUCAAGGAGGAGACAUUGCAUGAAUAUUGGAAGAGAUUUAAGGAACUUUGCUCUAGUUGUCCUCAACAUCAAAUUAGUGAUCAGUUGCUUGUCCUACAUUUUUAUGAUGGAUUGUUUCCGUUUGAUUUGUACAUGGUGGAUAAAGCUAGUGGAGGGCCCUUGAUUGAUAAAACUCCUGAUGAAGCUAUAAAACUUUUGGAAACCAUGGCUGCCAACCCUCAACAAUUUAGAAAUGGACAACUAGUUACCAUAAGAGUUGAUGAGAUUAUUCCUACGGAUGUAGAGGUGCCUGAGCAAAGGAAUUGUAUUGUUUUUGACAGGCAUGAUCUUGAUUUUAUUAUUUCACAGGAGUCCUCUAAUACUUCUUGUUGUGAUGUUGUAGUUGUAAAAAUUUCUGACUCUACUGAUAAUGUUGUUGUAGAUGUUGUUGAUGAUGUAGGUACUGAUGUAGAUGAUGAUGUAAGUGUAGGGGAUUGCACAUUGGAAGCAAUACCUCAAGAAUCACCUGAACUAGAUGUGGAUGAUGAGAGUGUAGGGACUUGUAUUAUGGAGGCAAGAACCCAAGAAUCACUAUCUGUGGUUGUACAUUCACCUGAGUCAAAACCAGAGUCUAAGCUAUUAUCUGAUGAUGAGGAGGUCACAACCAUCAUUUUAGAACCUCCAGGAGAAUAUAAGCUUCCGGAGUGGAUGCUUAAAUUGAAUCGUCUUCAACCUCCAGGGCAAAUUUUCAAGGAGCACAUGGUGGGAGGAGAGGUCUUGACUUCAAUGCACAAUAUUCCACUUCCAAAGUGGAUUUCGUACCUUAACCGACUCCAACCACCGGGAAGAACCAUUCCAAUACCAGCGUGGAUUCUUCUUCUUAAUCUUCUUCAACCACCCGGAAUUAAGGGGAGUUUGUUCCUUCCUUUUAUUUUUGCUUAACACAUUUCUUUAGUUUCAUACUUUACCAUUGCAUUUUACUUUCACACUUUGCAUUUUGUUUGGUACAUAGCAUGUUAUUUUGAAUAAAAGUCUCCAUGGGAAUUUCUAAGUAAUACUUUUACAAUGGUAAAAGUUCUUUAAGUUUGACCAUCAAGUUUAGGUCAUCUUACAUGAUUGAAUACUUUACUUGCAUGAUAUUGGUUAGUGUGGUGAUGGAUUCCAUUUUGAUUAAUUGAGUUUGAUUGCAAAAAAAAAAAAAAAUUACCUAAAGAGGACCACUUUAAGCCUAUACUUAAUUAUUCUUUUGUGUGGCAUGCACUCACAACAAUUGAAACUCUAGAACUUGCUUAGUUUCUUUUCAAAAUCACAAUAAUAAUUGUAUGCAUGAACAUGAUAAAGGAUAUUUCUUUCCUAUUCUUUGAUUUCUAUUCUCAUUCUUUGAUUUCUAUUCCUUCCGAAUUCUAGUUGAAAAAAUUCAUGCAACAUUGUUACUUUCCACCAUAUUUGCUUUGCCUUCAUUCUUUUGAGAGUUUGGUUGAAUUCUUGAUGAGUUAGAUUGCCAAGAUGGACAAAGGAUUAAGUGUGGGGGAUGUUAUGUGUUGGGAAUUUAUGGAAGUCAAAAUCGAUUAGAAAUUCUGAGAUUGGUGAAUUUUGUAAAAAGUGCUUGAUAAAUACUUGAAGAAAAGGGCAUUAGUUUAAAAUCAAGUGCAGUUUUUGCUUAUAUCAGAGCCUUGGACAUCAGUUUCAAAAUUAUGAGUUGCUAUUUAGUUCCUAUUGUUGGGAUUGGAAAAUGCUAAAUAUGAAAAAAAAAAAAAAAAGGCUGCUGGAUUGUGCAGCAGUGUAGAAUAUGAGAAUAUGUAUCAUUGACAGUUUGUGCCAAGUUUUCUUGUAAACCUUUAAUCAAUGAAAGGUUCAAGUGAAGCUCUUAUCUUUCUACUGCCAAGUGGCUCCUUCCUAAGCCUUCUAUGGUUUAAAGAGAUGCAUCAUGUUUCGUAAGUUGAUUUUAAUUCAAAGUACUUGACAAAGUUUGAAAUCAUGUGGGGAAAAAUUCAAUUCAAGAAUAAUAGCAGUGGAUGUAUCAGUUCAAGAUCUUGCGUUUCAAACUUGUUGAGCCAAAUUGCUGAAGCUAUUUUUGAUCAAUAUUAUUUGGAACUCAAGUUCUAACCAAUGCAUUACUAAAUGAAAUUCUUCAUCAAGGUUAAUUUCUCAGGCAAGGCUCUCAUAGGUUCUGAUUUCUGAAACUAAAAUUGUAUCAAUUCUGAAACUGAACUUCUUGAAUUAAGGUAUCCAGGAAUCAACAGUAGUGGAACCGUGCUUACAUAUUUGAGGUAUCAGCUAUUAAAUAACAGGAGUCAUGUGUUAAUAAGAGGUAAGAAACAUUGACAGAGAAGAGACCCAGAAUUUGCUGAUUACUUUGACUUUUAAUACUGAAACUUAUUCCAGUAAGUUGGUACUGUUGUGCUGUGGAAAAGUUGGGUUGUGGACAGAAUUUAGACUAUUAUGUGCCAAAGUUUAUAGAUUUUUUUUUAUCAUAACCGGUCCAAGUUAGGUUCCUGCCAUUUUAGUAACUAAAUGCCACCAAUUCAAAUGCAUGAAAGGCAUCAGAUUCAGUUAAACAUUCUCAGAGUUCAACUUCAAUUGUCAAAGGUUUCAAAAUUCUAGAAAUCAGAUACAGAUUCAAAUCUAAGGAAUUCCUGCAUUUCAGAAAUUUUGCAAACAUGUAAUUUCUGCAGAUUCUGAAUUCCUCAAUCCAGAAAAUUUCAAGUUCUCAAUCUUGACAGAAUUUGAGAGAUUCAUUUGCUUGGAUUUGUAUUUGAGUUCCUGGGAAUAAGUCUUCUUCAAUUCUGAGUUGCAAUUAUUAAAGAUUAGUAUCUAAGUUGCAAUUGUUUCAGUUCAAGGGAUUGCUGAGAAUGAAGAAUUUGAGCUCUGGAAAAUGUGAAGGCAAAACUAGAAAAUAAUUCAAUUCUGAAUUGUUGUUUAAGCUUGGUUUGGUUCCCUACUAAUGCAAUGGAAUGCACUCCUCUAGCUGGUUGGAAAUGAUGGUCAUAUGCAGAGGAAGAAAGGAAACAAAUUUAGAGUCAUAGAUUCUGAAUUCUGAAAUCAGAUUCUGUUGUGUAACUCUGGGAUUUGUGGAGCUGAGUUUACUUAAGUGCAAGGGCUGGAUGUAACUAACUGUUGGGGAAACUGAACUCACAUAAAACUCAAUGAAGUGCUAGUUCUGAAAUUGAUCUUUCUGUGCCAAUUUUUGGAACUUAGUUUUUAGCCAAAUUAAUUGAAUUCAAGCUGUGGUAACAACCAUUAAUAGAUCUGAUUCUUGUAAGCUUACCUUAGUUUUGCUGAAAUUGUUUUCUCAAGUUCUGAUUUGUAGCUUGAGAAAUUGAAAUCACAUUGAAUUCCAGUUGCUGAAACUUAAUACACAAACCUGAUAUUUGCUGAAUUGCUGAAAUUCUGCGCAAGCUGCAUGAUUAAAAUCAGAGUGCUUCAGCAUUCUUGAAAUCUGAUUUCUGAAAUUGGAUUAUAGUAGUUGGUAUAGUUAGCAAUUCCUCCAUCUGAGCAGCAGGAUGAUAGUGCAGAAAUUCCAGCAAGUCAAGUUUUCAACAGUCUCUGAAGUUUAAACCAAAAUUUCAGCAACUAGUUGUUUCUGAAAUAGAGCUCAAGAAAUGAAAUUUGUUGCUGCUGAAGACUUAGAAUCAUUCAUAUCUGAAACUGAAAUGUUGGAGAAUGCAUUAAAGAUAAACAACUUAAAGGAACCGUGGAGUAUCAAAUUGAUUGCAGGUUCAAUGUUGCGGAGCUAGUUUCUGCUGAGCUUGAUUGCAGAGAAAAAUAGAGAAGCUCUUUCAUUCGAAGUGAUAAAUGAUGUUUCAUUGUUUUCCAUAUUUUUACAAACUGCAUUGGAUAGAUAAAACUGAAAGGAACAUAUUCUAGUGCUGGAUUUUCAUUUACGUCUUUUAAACAUGCAUUUCUAAGGAUGCAUAACCUGGAAUUUUCCAGCUGUACUACUGAUUGUUGCUGUAUAACAUGAUCAGGAUUGAUGUAGGUGAUUAUUGUAGCUUGAUUUCGUUUUUCCACCAAGGCAAUAGAGAUGCAUAUACUGCUUAUGAAUUUUGAACUGUUUUGUAUCUUUUGCUGAGCAAAUCUCUGAACCCUACUCUUAUUAGUCUCGAGAUCUUUGGGGAAAAGAAGCUACUUUUAGGAAUUCCAGAAGUGUAUUAACAGAGAAGAGAGUAAACUUAAUUUUCUGGAAUUUGAUUGGUGAAAUUAGAUUUACUGUAAUAAAUUCUGGAAUUGUAUAACUAAAGUUACUGGUUUCCAGGAGCUCUAGAUAGUUGAACUACUCUUAUUGACUUCCAAUUUGUAUGCUGGAGCAAAUUCAAAAUUGCUGAAAGAGAGUUGCUAAGUUGCUGCACGUGAGAAACUUGUGAAGAUCAGUGAGCAAUUCAAUUUAUGCCUUCUACGAUAACAAUUGUUGGUAUUACAAUAUCUUCAAUCUUCUCAAGAUUAAAGACUUAAAAACUCAUGGAUAUUGAGUUUGGGAGCUCAAAUCUGAAACCAGAAUUUCAGAAAACAACCUUAAUUCUGAAAUUUCUAUUUGGUAUGAUUCCUGGAGUUUGAAUUCAGAUAUUGUAAAAGAAAAUAAGUUCAUCUCAAAGACUCUCUAGGUGACUUAUGGUAGCUUUUAAACCUAGUAUACUGCCUUUACGUGAGAAGGUAUAAGGUCACAUUUCCUCCCCAGCUGAUGUGCAUUUGAUUCCUGAUACUGGCCUGUACAGUAGUGGCCUUUGAUACUUUCUGAUUUGGAAGUGCAGAUGAGCUCUCUUUACCUUAAAAAAAAAACCUAGAAGUUUGCUUGAGAGACUUAAGGGAUUGAUGUAGGAACAAAAUGUUGAAUUGCUGGAAUUCUGGUCAAGCUGCAGGACCUAAUCUAAAACUAAGAAGCUGAUUCUGCAACCUUCUUAUUUUUGUGGGUGCUAGUUCUUGUAUCAAGCUACAGACCUUUGGUUCCUUGUAAUCACAGGCUUUCUAUUAUUCUUCUUCUUCUAUAAUUUUCAUUGUUUUCAUGCUUAUGAAAAGCUAGAGCCAUUCUAAAACAAGAACAGCAGAAACUAAUUUACAAUUGUGUAAAAUCUGAAACUGAAGAACACCAAAAACAAAGUGAGGAAAAUAGCAGAAUCUGCAGAGAAGUAGUUAUUGACAUUAAAUGAAGGCUGCUGCUAGAUUUUCUGUUAGCUGGGGAGUCUUGAAGCUAACAGAAAAUCUAGACUCACAGAACUAAUAUUAUCUCAUCAAUUAGUGGGUUCAUUGCUUAUGUGAAAUUGAUUGUGGUUGAGGUUUGAACUAGACUGUAAAAUACGAUUUAAACCAUUGUUCUUCUGGAAUUUAAGCUUGAAAAGAAUGCUGAAUCAGAUUUCUAAAACCAUGUUUAGUGCAGUACUUACUUUCAAGUGUUUUAACCAGUCAUGGAGUUUUGAUUUGGUACUUCAUCAAGACUAUAAUAGCCCCUGCAGUCAUAUAAGAUACUUUUUCCAGAAUCUGUAGCAGCAGAUGUUAGAAUCAGAUUCCAAUUACAGAGUACAACAGCACCUUAUAACUUUGAUUAUUUUACUUCAUUCUAUGAUGUUUUCUAUUGUCCGAGACGGCCAACAUUUUAAGUGUGGGGGAGGGACAUCUUCUUCAUGAUUUGAGUUUGUUUUAGCUUCAAGUUUCUGGAAUU